AUGGCAAUGAUGGAAGAUGCUUCAUUUGCUCAGGGCAUGUUUGUGACGUUAUGGCCAAAGGUCGAACGAUGCCACAAUUACGUGGAACUUCUCGUAACUGCCCAGGAAAAGCUCCAAAAAACAAUAGACCAACUCAUUACCGGUCUUGAAGAAGCAGAAAAAGCUGAAGGCUGUUCCCUUGUGAGUUACGCUGAUCGACUUCGUAAUUUUCCUGCAAGAGUUGAAAGACUUCAGAAGAAACUGGAGAGGAUCGAAGAUCGUCUUUUGGCGAUGAAGGAGUCACGGAAUUAUAAAAUGCCAAGCAUGGUCGAGUGCUCGACGGAGAAAAAGUCGGUUGUUUUUACUGACCCGUUGUUUUAA